GGUGACGGGGUUGGCUUUUGGAGCAGGCGAGACCUAUUAGUCUUCUUCAGCUCACCAACAAACACCAAUCUUUCCAAAUACCCAUUCAAGACGGAUUCUUGAUUCCUCAACUACUGCGAAAAUUUUCAGAAAUUCGUUGGCCAUAGUCAAUUUGAUGAACUGGGUUUUGAUCGAUUUGUAGAAUAACCGCCGCAGCUGAUUGCUGGAUAGAGGAGGAGAAGCCGAGAAGGUUACGGAAAUGCCGGAGGAGGAAUUGGUAGAUAUAAAGUUCAGGUUAUAUGAUGGGUCGGACAUUGGUCCGUUCCGGUACUCUUCAACGUCGACCGUCGAUAUGCUUAAGCAGAGAAUCGUCUCUGACUGGCCCAAAGGUAAGACAAUUGCCCCAAAGGCAGUGAAUGAAGUCAAACUUAUCAGCUCUGGAAAAAUUCUGGAGAAUAGCAAGACUGUUGGUCAGUGUAAAGGACCUUUGGGUGAGGUUGGCGGUGGUGUUGUCGUAAUGCAUGUUGUUGUACAGCCAUCUCUUGCAAAAACUAAAACAGCAGAAAAGAAGAUUGAUGAUUCACCCAGAAAAAUUGUUUGCCAAUGUUCCAUAUUGUGAAGACGAAAAGUGUAGAUUUGAAGAAUUGUUUAUCCUGGUACCAAAGCGUUUGGCAUGGAAACAAUGUUGCCCAGAAUUCCAUGUUUGUUUGUGGAAACAAAAUUCAUGUGUACAAGUAUUUAGGAGUGGAGAGGAUGCUUUUUGUUUUUCAAAUUGCUCCAUUUCUUCUGUGUUUCAGUUGUUUUCAAAUGUUUGAAACAUUUGUAAAGCUGUAUAGACUACAUCACAUGUCAAAGACAAAUCCCCAUCAAAAUUUAGGGAGAAAAUGCCUGUGUAAAAGCCUAUGUAUUAACGAUGAAUUUGUUGGUUGCAUGUAAUGUAUUUUACUUUUUGUUUCU